AUGCAUCUUAUCAAAUCGACCACUCUGCUAGCACUAGCCGCACUAGCUACUCGGUCCUCGGCGGCCACCUGCGAAAACACGUGGACAUCCCCUAACCUCUACUACGACUGGAAGAUCACGGCCCCCGACGUCCCCGAAAUCCCCGCAGUGUGCGGGAGGCUUUGGGAUGAGCUGCGGUGUCCGGCGCCGAGCCGCACUAGCUACAGGGACGACAGCGGUACUUUGGUGUGGAAAUUCACUACUGGUAUUGGCUGCAAUGCCGGUGACGUUGAGUCUGCUUGGUUCCGGGCUACGAAGGACAGUUAUGGGACUAUUGCCUGUUGA